ACUAUAUGCCAAAUACAUGGACUUUCCCAAACACCCCUAUCGUUUCAUCAGCAAUGGACCCUUCCAAAAGUUCGCUCUGAAGUUGCCAGGUAACGGAGCGGGAGAGAGAACUGUAUAGCGGAGUUGGCUGCACGUUGUAAAUAGUUUAUAGACCGAAACAUGUGGAUUAAGUGCCAAAUUAUUUAAGUGUUUAUUGAUUAUGUAUACGUGUGCGUGCAUCACGAUAACCACACAUUUCUUAUUCAAUAAACAAACCAACAUUUCUUGAGAUAUCGUUGUCUUGACCAGCAACCUGUAGCCUUCAGCAAUCCAACCAGUGGUUGAAAAAGAGAUUUUACAUGGUCCUUCGAGCCGGAUGCUGACUGGCUACAGAGAUGUCUCAACCAAGGAAAGAAGCACCUGUUGUACGUCCACGACGACAAGUUAAACCCCCAGCUCAUUUGGUAGAUUACGAGCUUGGUGAUCCAUUACAGCAUCUACAGCCACUCCCUAUGACAGGGCGAAGCAGAGUACAGCCCCCAAGCAAUGCAGAUAAUUCCAGAUCGACUUCGCCUAUAAGUCAGGUGGCAGAGUAUGAGAAAUGGAGAUUAGAAGAUGAGUGGUAUGCGUCUGAUGAACAAGGAGAAGAUGUCGAGCUUAAAGCUAUAUUACGUACAGUGCAGAAUGAUAGCGCUGAUUUACGUCGUCAAACUAGUCAGCUGCCAUUGAUCAUGUCGGCAUUACAGGAGAUGCGAAUGCAGAAUGCCAUGUUACAUCAGGAGCUACAAAGCCUGAAAGCAGAACAGAGAGCUCAGUCAGUAAUACCACCACCCGCAUCCUUCGUUCCAGUGGCUAGUCCAGAGACCUCAUACUCAUAUCAUCCAGUGCCAGCUCCACGGACAAGAGCGCCACCACCUGCUUCCAUGAGAGCACUGCACCCAGUUCAAAAGGACGAGUACACUGACUUAACUGAGGACUUCAGGAAUUUAGACAUUUCUUCCUUCGCUCACGAGAGAGUACAAUCACGAGUACGACACAGCAGUCCGUUUCAACCCAGAUAUCCCCCAUCUUCUCAGCACAUCUCAUCUCAUCAGUCAAAGUUUGAGACUCCAGUACAUGAGCAAAUGCCACCUACUCCUCCAAAUAAGACUCAAGAUGUUAGUCAGCCUUCAUUUACACAGGAGAAAACAUACAAGGGCCCUGCUCCAACCAUUCCCUUUCUAACAUCUGCUGAUCCUAGACAAUUCUCUAGACUAAAAAUAGCCCUUGAGAACAUUCUGCCUGAGGAUGCAACCGAGCAUUUUAAAUUUCAGAUACUUACUGACCACCUGAAGCUGGAGGAGGCACUUCUUGUGUCAGAUUCAUACAGUAAUUCAAGGUUUCCUUUUACUAAUACCAUGAGAGCACUAAACAAAAUGUACGGUCAACCCCACCAGUUAGCCUUACAACGCAUCGCAGAUCUGAUGGAUGGACCAAACAUUCGUAGCGGUGAUGUGAAAGCUUUCCGGCUGUUUGGACUCCAUGUACGCUCAUUGGUUAGUAUGUUGGAACAACUUGGCCAGAAUGGAAUGACUGAGCUGGAGUGUGGAUCACAUGUUUCCAGACUUAUGAGCAAACUACCACAUGACCUCAGGUCCAGUUUUAAGAGGUAAAUACAUCCUCUGGGAGUUACCAUUCCUACAUUACUGGACUUCGCCGAAUGGCUUGAGUACGAGCUUCAGGUUCAGGAAGACCACACUGAUUACAGCCCGCAACUCAAACAAGUGUCAUCGGUUCAGAGAAAGGAAAUGAGGAAAGAGUAUAAGCAAAACCGCAAACCCACUGCCAUUUUCCUUGGAACAGAGAAACCAAAGGCUGCUUCAGUAUCGCUAGCUGAUCAACAGAGACCAACUGCUGCUAAGAGAGAAUUGGUGAAUGCUUACUGUGCAUACUGUGAUAACAACAGACAUUACCUGAAUAACUGCGAGAGCUUUAAGUAACUCAGCAAAGAACAGAAAGUGACUUGGAUUAGGAGCCAGAAUAGAUGCUGGCGCUGUGGACGCGGUCACCAAGCAGCGUACUGCACUCUGAAAGUUCUCUGUCAAACCUGUAACAGAAAGCACUUGGUUGCACUACAUGAUGUAAAUGAGAAAGGUAGAGAAACAGAAGAAUCUGUUCCGACCAGUGCAGUACUAUAUGUUGAUCGUCCCACCUGUGACAACAAGAUUCUGUUAAAAGUGACCAAAGUUUUGCUCAGAAAUGGCAACAAAGCUAUGGAGGCUUAUGCUGUACUUGAUGAUGGGUCAGAGCGAACCAUUAUCCUAAAUGAUGCAGUACAGAAGCUAAAACUGAAGGGACAGCCAGAGGACUUAGCCCUUCGCACAGUCAGGCAAGAGACACAGACCAUUCAUGGGGCGGCUGUAACAUUCACAGUGUCUUCAAUGGAUAACCCUCGUAAGGUUUUCAGGAUUCGGAGUGCCUUUACAGCUGAUAGCCUGGGACUAGCGGAGCACACCCACCCAGUAAAGGUACUUCAGAAAAGAUACAAACACCUUGUAGGUCUGCCGCUUCAGCAUUUUCACAAUGUGAAACCUGUGAUUCUUAUUGGUUCUGACUGCCCUCACCUCAUAACACCCAUAGAACCAGUCAGACUAGGCCCACCGGGUGGCCCUGCUGCUGUGAGAACACGCUUGGGAUGGACAUUACAGGGUCCAGCACAAGAUAUAACAACCAGAUUUUCCCCACAGCAUUGUCUCUUCACUAGCCUGCGACCCAUUGACAGCCUGUAUGCUGAUGUGGAGAAACUGUGGAAAAUGGACAUCCUCCCAUUUCAGAGUGAGAAAGUACUAACAAGGUCACGACAAGACCAGGAGUCCAUACAGCUACUCCAAGACAAAACAGUGAGAGUAGACGUUGAUGGAGUCCAGCGAUAUGCAACCCCUCUGCUACGUGUUAAGAACAUGCCAUUCCUUCAGGCACCCAAAGAAGCUGUACUGCCACAAUUACGGGGAAUUGAAAAUCGGUUGGAAAGAAAACCUGAUCAAGCAGCAGCAUACCAGGAAGAGAUAGUCAGGUUACAGAAAGCCGGCUACAUCAUGAAACUCAACCAUGAGCAGGUGAAACAGCCCAAGGAAACUUGGUACAUACCACACCAUAUGGUAGAGCAUAAUGGAAAGAACAGGGUCGUAUUCAACUGUUCAUUCACAUACAAAGGCCAAAAUUUAAAUGAGUUCUUGCUACCUGGUCCAACACUCAGUCCUUCUCUCCUGGCAGUUCUACUACGUUUCAGAGAACAUUCCAUUGCAGUUAGCAGCGACAUUCGUGGUAUGUUCCAUCAGGUGCGCCUUCUGCCUGAAGACAAGCCGCUGCUGCGAUUCCUAUGGAGAGAUUUACAGAAAGAUAAACCGCCAGAGGUAUAUGAAUGGCAAGUGCUUCCCUUUGGAACUACAUGCAGUCCCUGCUGUGUUACAUUUGCUUUACAGAAGCAUGUUCAGGAUCACAGUGAGUCCAUAGACACACAGGUUUCCGUGGAGAAAUCUUUUUAUGUUGACAACUGCCUUCAAAGCUUUGUCUCCAGUGAAAUGGCCAAAGACCUAGUAGACAGACUCCGCAGUCUCUUAAGCUCGGGAGGCUUUGACUUAAGGCAGUGGGCGAGCAAUGAUCCAUCAGUCAUCAGUCACUUACCAGCUGACGUUCAAUCCCAUAGCAGUAUUCAGUGGCUUAGUGAAGGUCAUCAGAACGCACAGGAGUCAACUCUUGGUUUGCACUGGCACUGUUUAUCAGACACCUUGUCAUAUAAACCUCGCAAUCUUGACCACUCCCCACCUACAAUGCGGAGCAUCUACCAUGUUCUAGCCAGCCAGUAUGACCCCAUUGGCUACAUUGUGCCAUUUACUACACGAGCCAAAGUAAUUGUGCAGAGAUUAUGGGACAAGAAGAGAGAGUGGGAUGACCCUAGAUUGCCUGAGGAACUGUUAAGCUCAUGGAAAGCCUGGGUGAACGAGCUGGACGAAUUACAAAACAUCAACUGGCCGAGGUGUUACUGUAGCAAAGAGCUCGAUCAUCAUACUAGUGUGAGGCAGAUUCAUAUUUUCUGUGAUGCUUUAGAGCAAGCUUACGGCUCCGUAGCAUACCUGCGGACGGAAGACCAGGGUAGAGUGGAAGUAGCCUUUGUCACCGCCCGAUCCCGUGUAGCUCCUAAGAAACAGCAAACCAUUCCUCGCUUGGAGCUAUGCGCCGCUCUGACUGGCGCACAACUUGCAAAAGUUUUGAGAACAGAGCUAACUUUGCCUAUCCAAAGCAUUACUCUGUGGUCUGAUUCCACAACUGUGCUUAACUGGCUUCUGUCACAAUCUUGCCGAUUCAAAGUGUUUGUAGGCACCAGAGUGGCUGAAAUACAGGAGCUCACGGAGUCUGAUACCUGGAGGUAUGUGCCUUCACAGGACAACCCUGCAGAUGACAUCACGAAAGGUAGAUCUAUCCGUGACAUAGGCCGUGAAAGCAGAUGGUACAGUGGGCCCAAAUUUCUUAGCCAAACAUCUCAUAGCUGGCCAGAUGUGCUGUCGCUAACCACCACUAAUCAUGACAACGAACUGAGAAAGUCAGCCUUUUGUGGUUUAACAGCUUCCACUGUGCCUACCCCAGACCUGCAGCAGUACUCAACCUAUACAGAUUUGCUAAAGGCCUAUAUUCAACAUGACAAUACACCAACAGCAGAUGACUAUAAAGGAGCAGAGCUGGCAGCUCUUCGUAAGAUUCAAACUGACUCCUUCGCAGAGGAACUGUCAUGCUUAAGAGCAAACAAACCCUUGCCAAAACAUAGUCGACUGUUAUGCUUAGCUCCUGUAUUCGAUGAUGUCAUAGAACUUAUACGUGUUGGUGGCCGCCUCCGUCAGAUCAGCCAACUGGAAGAAGAUGCCAUUCAUCCUAAUGGCCAGACAGGGUGUUUGCUGAGCUUCGAAGAAAGUACUGGGUGUUACGGGGACGAGCAGCAGUCAAAAGUCAUCAACGGCAAUGCACAGAGUGUCAAAGAUGGCGGGGACAACCACACCCUCCCAAAAUGGCAGAUCUUCCUCAGGCCAGAUUAA